AACCCUGCAAUCAAUGUCGAACAAGCACUGGAGCAGUUAACUGCUAAGUUUGAUGGAUUGCAGAUUGAAAAGUCAGCAGUUCAUAACUUUAUUACCAAAGACACGGGAUUCACUUUUAAAAAACCUGCUUUCCACAGCCUUAAAAGAAAUGGUGAGGGCGCUAUUGAAUGA